AUGGUCCCUCUGAGACCAGAGGGGUCGAGCAGGGAGUGUUCUGGGAAUGCAGGGGUUUUAGCUGAUGUUUUUGCGGAAGACUCUGAAAGUGAGAGAACAUUUUACGGCUUUUCUGACAGUGAACUCAGCGAUAAGAAUUCAAAUUUUGAAGAUGAAGCCCAGAGUGACCUUUCCACCGAGAAGCAGAAAGCCACAUCUAAGUCAUCUGCUGGCCCCCGGCCCUUCCGGCUGAGGGUGGCACUCCGCUCCACUCCCUCCACCACCAAGCAGUCCACUGAUGAGGAGGCAGAAGAGGAAGGAAAGAGGACAGAAAAGAGAGGGGCGAAGAAGUCAGGAAAGACCAGUCAGAGACGUGUUAGAUAUGAAGAUGCGGAGGCAGCCGUGGCUCGGCCAUCUCCUUCUGAAGAGCGGGGAUCUGAUUCAGCAGAGGAUGUGUCAGAUUCUUUCUUAACUAAGAGAGAGCAGAACAUCAAGGCUAACAAAGCAAUGCUGGCUCAGCUGAUGGCAGACCUGCAGAAAAUGCCAGGAGGUGCAGGGUUUCUGAAAAAACAAGCAGGCAAACAGAAGACAAAGGAGAAAAGCUCUCGUCCACCACGCUCUGGUGCAGCUGGAGGAGAGUCCAGGAGGAACCCAGAGCGGGCGUCCCGCAGACAGACCCGCUCGAUGGGGGGAUGUGAGGAUCCUUCAGCCCCCAAGGAAGAAGAACUUGAGGUCAGCUUGGAGGAGCUGCUGGAGGUGCGCCGAGCGCCGCAGCGCCGUGGCACCCCACGGCCUAAACAGUGCAAACCUCAUUUUAUCCGUCCUGUGGACGACAUCACAGAGGAUGAGCUCCAGCUCGUCGCAGACAACAUGACUGAUAAAGUCUACAACAGUGUCACAGGCUCCACAUGUCAUCAGUGCCGUCAGAAGACUGUUGACACCAAGACUUGCUGCCGCAGUGAGGAAUGUCGUGGGAUUCAGGGUCAGUUCUGUGGGCCGUGCCUGAGGAACAGAUACGGAGAGGACGUCAGGAAGGCGCUGCUCGAUCCGGAGUGGAAGUGCCCUCCCUGUCGAGGCAUUUGCAACUGCAGCUUCUGCCGCCAGCGUGAGGGCCGCUGCCCAACUGGCAUCCUGUUCCCCUUGGCUCAAUACCAUGGCUUCUCUGAUGUCCACUCCUACCUCAGCAGCCUCCGGAACAAACUGAAGAGUGAGGAUGAUGAUGUGGAGAUGUGA